AAAAAAAAAAAAAACAAAAAAAAAAAACGUCACCAAACAAAUUACGUCAAACUUUAUUGACGCAACAGGCUGAGCCAGCACGCGACACGUGACACUCGUGAAGACAGUUAAAGUCACUUUAUUUGUGAAAGUUUGUAGUUGAGGGAAGAGCUGUCAACAAGACAAAUAACACAAGGCAGUGAGCACAAGGUAUAUUUUCAGACUUUGCUAGAAUCAGUUCAAAUCCUGGCAUGGAUUUCGAACCGAGAUGUUGCGUGUUCCCUUCAUUGACGAAAAUUUCCCUUGAGUAUUUUUCUAAAGCGUUUAUAGUGUUUGGAAAUACGGUCUGUCAUCGCUCGCGCCACUUAAUUGUUGCCGUCUCCAUCUUGGUUUAUUUACCUCUUAGUAAGGAAGAUAACUCUAGCAAACAGCGGAACCUUUCAAACGUCAUCGAUGACUCCAGUCACGUGAUCCAUCAGGUCCCAACUUGACUACAGGCUCCAUGGUUUUUGUCUGUCCUCGCGAAGUGGUUGACUUGUCCAGCGUCCUGCGAAGUGUAGACUAAUGUGACAGACGUCAGGAAGACCUUAAUGAACAUGAAUGAACAUCAAUAACUGCUGUUCCAGGUCACUUCUCUCUCCAGAAAGCGGAUCAGUCAGGGUUGUGCUCACUGAGGUGGAGACAUCAAUGCUGUACCUCGAUCACGUGACACCGCGCGCGGGUGAGCAUUAAAGAGAACAAUGGUCAGCAUCCUGUUUGGAUCGUCACGAUGGGCAACCGGAUCGCAGCUGUCGGCAACUUACCCCCCGCCUCCCCCCACAGAAUACCCGGGUGGUGACAAUCAAUUGGAAAAAACAUACACGCAGUACACACACACACGUAUUGUCUUUCAUCCGCACGCACGCCCACCAGCAGACAUAAGCACCGUGCGUCACUAGGCAGCCACCGAGCGAUGGUAGACUCGAGGCUAUCGUCAGCUACAAUGACCCCAGUUGAGCCUACAAUGACCCUAGGAGCCUCGAGUUUCAUCGGCAGCGAGUGCUACCCUCGACUCUCUGUCUGAACAUACGACACGAUGUUUAUGUCAUCGCUCGUGGCACUGCAUUUGUGACAAUACCGUGGACAGCAGCAGAAGAAGAUGUGAUCGUCAACAUCAACUCUAGGAAACAUAUGCGACACUAGUAGCGACACUAAACCGGAAGUGACUAUCGGGAGCUCUCAUCACGCUUUUAUUUCCUGGAGUAAAGGAGGAAAAGUGGAUGAAAAGAGGUCGAGGACUUGAGUGCAACCUAUUUAUUCUUCAAAAUCUUGAAUUUACCAUACAAUGAUGACGUGGGACACUCGUUUGUUGAGUCUUGUUACUGUCCACAGGAAAACUCACGAGGCUCGACUACAGUCGAGUGAACGAGGCGACGAGACCGGUGGUGUGGAGACGUCGAGUGUUUAGGGAGGCGUGAAGCCGUCUCGCACCAAAGGCAGGAAAUCACGUGGUCGUCGACAGUCACAACGGUUGCUACAUGACCUAAUUAAUGUGCAGCGUUCCGAUCAGGACUGUGUCGUGAAGCAUGCCGACACCGUAGACCCUUCGACUCGGCGAUGACGACUGUCACCAGAUCUCGCAGCCGCCGGGCGCGCACGAGACUUGCAGGUCCUAAAUGUCCGAGGAGACUCGUUGUGUGGCUGGCUGUCUACAGCACCUUCUCCCUGGCGGCGCUCUGGUACGUGGCCUUCACCGUGGACAGACCUACCUCGGACAUUUCUCACCUGGACGAAUCUCACCUGCCUGAAGGUACGAUUGAGGACGCGCCGCCGGUGCCUCACAUGUCCAGCCUGUCCCACCUUGCCUCAGACCAGCAAAUAUCGCAAGGAUCAGGGACAACCGUGACAUCAUCCUUCGACAACUCAUCCACGACCUCUGCUGGACCUGCACCUAUCUGCACCGACCGCCUCAUCUGCCAUCACUUCGAGGAGCGUCUGGGCAACUGCCUCUUUCAGUACGCCAGUCUCCUGGGGGUGUCCUGGGCCCUCAACCGCACGGCAGUGUUUUCCGGCAAGCCAGAGAUGGACCAGGUCCUGCAGACGCCGCCCAUGCGCCUCGAUGGCCACCCGGACCUCGAGAAAAGAUGCUCCGCGGCCAAAACCGUCUUCGAGAAAUCCUGCUACAAGUUCGACGCAGAUCUGCUGAAGCUGGACCCGUGUGUCGACUACCGCCUGGGCAGCUACCUGCAGUCGUGGCGCUACUUCGACCAGUUUCAAACGAGGAUCCGCGAAGCUUUGACGUUCAGCCAAUCCGUUCGCGCGGAAGCUCAAGGCAUCGUCGACGCGAUCCGAGCUCAGUAUAGUAACUCGACGCUGAUUGGUCUGCACGUUAGAAGGGGCGACUUCGAGAAGCCAAUACACAUGCGCGUGGGGUAUCCCAUGGCAGGACCAGACUAUUUAAACAGAUCAGUGUCGUAUUUCCAGACUCGCCAUGCGGACAGUGUGUUCGUGGUGGCCAGUGAGAACGUCAACUGGUGCCAGGCCAACAUGCCCGCCGGUGCUCGGGUUGUCUUUCUUGACGUGCACCAGCCGGAAGUUGACCUUUGCGUACUAAGUCUCACUGAUCACGUCAUCAUAACUUUCGGCAGCUUUUCCUGGUGGGCAGGCUAUCUUAAUCCGGGUACUACAGUGUACAUGAAAGAUUUUAUUAAGCCUGGUACUCAACUCGGUAAACUUUUCAAUUUGAAUGGUGAGGACUAUGUGUACCCGGGAUGGAUUCCUUUAUAGUGUGCGUUUUGGGAGCGAGAUCUGAUCACUGAUCUGGCGUUUAAGGGACAUUUCUUUCCUUUUUUUUUUUUUUUUUUUUGUUAUUCUAAACCGCAAUACGAAGAAUGCAAUAUCAUAUCCUUUUCAUAAUGUUUCUCUAAAACAAUUUAUAAAUGGUUUGUCUACUACAUUUAUAAACAAUGAUCAUCAAUGUUUACAUUUAAAAUAUCAGUUUAUCUAUAUCAUAUCUACCUGACGUUCGACAUAAACAUUUUCAACAUCCUCAUUUCACAUUCUCUGUUUUAUUGACGUGAUACUCGCGUUGUCAACAAGAUACUCAGGCAAGGAUCCUACUUAUGGCUGCUGUUCUUUGAUAUUUUAUUCGGUCGUGGUUUUUUCAAUCCGCUUAUUCUCCUUGUGUUACACAAAAUUAUUUAUAAUAUCUUUGUAUAGAGAUACGUUUGUUUCAAUGUCCAUAUAUAUAAUUAUGCACUCUUGUGCGAAUAAAAAUCUUGUUUAUUGAAAAAACCUC